UUAGCAGCAGUGUUUGUGGUUACGCGUUUAGCUUUGCUCUAUGGAUCUCCCUGAACCUAUAAGAAGGCGUUUGGGAGAUUUUUCACGGACUGUUUUCGUACAUCAGGGUCAUACACAGCUCUUACCCGAGGAUCAUAUCACAUUUCUGAAUCACAGUACAGAUGUUGUCUCCAGCCUGCCUCUUCAGAUGGCUCUCUUCUUCAACAUGUGUUUCUUUCCUCUCUGGUGGAUUAGUGAAGUCGUAAUGCUGCAGCUCAAAUAUCCUGUACUUCCUGAUUACUACAAAUUCAUCCUAAUUACUGUUCUAAUUUUAAUGACACUCAUCGAGGCUAUCAGGCUCUACCUGGGCUAUGCAGGUAAUCUGCAAGAAAAGGUCCCUGAACUGGCUGGCUUCUGGCUCCUCAGCCUACUUCUGCAGUUCCCUUUGAUUCUGUUCCAGCUCUUCAACGAAGCUAUACUCAUUCAACCUUUGGAAAGAGGAGUUCAUAUAGUUCUGGCCUUAUUCAUUUUAACAGAGGCUCUAUCUGGUUUUGUUGCACUGCGUGCAAUGGUCAGACACACAGAAAGCCGCUUUCACCUCAGCCAGUUUAAUGGUGUUCAAGAACUCAGAUCAUGACAGCUGUUCUACUGAUGGAUGGUGUAUCUUUGCAAAUAAUAUAAAUAUAUACAUAAAAAGACUGAAGUGAAUUUCAGUAGCAUAUACUCAUUUACAAAGCACAAACAGACUGUAAACAUUUGUUUGAACUACCUUUGUAGAUUCUGUUUUUUCUAUGUUCAAUUUAUGUCAUCAGCAUAUCACAACUGUCAAGUAUUGUACUAUAUGUUUUUUUUUGUCUGUUUUUUAAAAAAAGGAGCAAUGCCUAUGUGUUAACUCAAUAACCAAAGAAAAGGUAAAUUGCAGGUGGUUAAAAUUAAAAUACAUAUAAACUGUAAUGUUUUUUUAAAUGGCAAUAAUUGUGUAAAAAGAUCUAGCACCCAUGCACAAGUAGCACAAUAAUGUUAGGGAAAUGUUCUGUCCCUGACAGUAGCAUCUAUUUAUAUACAAUUCAUAUGUGAAUAUUUGCCCAGAUUGUAUAAAUAAAUGCCUUAAUAAAAAGCAUAUUACCAAGGCUGAUUAAUAAUAAACACACAGGUUUUGUGCGUAAGGAACAUGCUCCUAUCCAUCAUGUUUCUAAGCCUAAGUAACACAAAUAUUGCUAAUGUAUUUUUUUUUGUGCUAAGCAUUUUUGUAUAAAUGAAGUAAUUUAAGAAACUAUUCCCCAGCGUCUCCACCGUCUUCCUCUGGGUAAUUCCUGUUUCCA